CCACGACAAACCCCGACCUGACACUCAUUCGCCAGUAAGCAGUCAGCAUGGAAGCAUCAGUCGCCUACGCUUUAUUUUUGCACCGCCAGGAGCUGCGGCGUCGCCAAAUGCUCUACGUCCAGGUCUCCAAGACCAAGAUCAAGUUGACCAAGGAGCUGAUAGCCGAGCAGAAGCAACGCCUAGCCAGCUGCUCGGCCGAGGAUCUGCAGAUCCUCAGCAGGGAGACCCAGUUCAAACGGCAGCUCCAGCAGAAACUCAAGCACCGCAGCAAGCAGCUAAAAGCCAUUGCCAAGCAGCAGGAGAGGAGGGGUUGAGUCGAAAAAGUAUAUUUCGACUUGCCUCGGGGUUGCCACUUUAAUUAGUUUUAGCUUAGCGCAAAUGAUGUGUGCUCUUCCGUAGUUAAGUUAGUUUUAGCUCAAAGAAAUAAAAUUUCCUAUGCAAAUCAA